GGAGCAACACCUGGGGAGCAUACACAGGAGAGAGAAAACACAUACACAAAACUACGGCACGUAACAGAUGUGUUCACAUUUUCAGACAGCAGGUGUAUGAGGCAGUGAGGAUAAACCAGUCUCUGCAAAACUUAAAGAGGUAAAGACACUGCAAACUUAAAGACUGAGGAAAUGGAGUUCAUGACUUCGCUUCUGCUGACCCUCCUGGGGCUUUCACUCAUCGAGCCAGGGUUUGGACAGAGAGGUGACGGAGAUACAAGUGAGUGGCUGACCGCCAAAGAGGAAUUAAUUAAAAAGUUGGAGGACAAAUUGAAAUAUGUGGAAAGAUGGCAGAGUGAUGUCGAAGCUUUAGAGGCCAGGCUCAACGCCACUGUGGACGAGCUGAGGGGACAGAAAGCUGAAGUGGAAAAGCUGAACAAAGAGAACGAAGGCCUGGAAACGAGACUGCACGCCGCAGAGAAGGAGAUUGACGGGCUCAAACGGGAUAGUGGGGCUCACCGGGUCGCAUUCUCCGCCUCUUUGUCAAACUUUGGAGAGAUUUACAAAGGACCCAGCACAGACAAGACUCUGAUUUUCAAAAGAAUCUUCUCAAAUGUUGGCGACGGUUAUGACGAAAGUACAGGAGUCUUCACAGCACCAGUGGACGGCCUAUACUACUUCAGCUUCAGCACCUAUGGCUACAACACUCAUGUCAUGGGGGCAAUGUUGAUCAAAAAUGGCAUCCGGCAAAUUUCAACCUACGAUUUCCCUUCAGUCGACGGCUCUGACAGUAGCAGUAACUCGGUUGUUCUUCAAUUGGCUGCUGGUGAUAAGCUGCACAUGGAGCUGUGGGAUGACGGCGGAGUGUUCGACAACUUGAAUGGACACACAACAUUCAGCGGGUUCCUUGUGUUUCCUUUGUCAAAAUAAGAAAUAAAGAAUUAUUAGUGCUUUAACACUGAAGAGGAAUCUGGAAUCUGAAUCCGUAGGACCGAACCUCGAGUAGAACUACACUUUAAAAAUUACCUUGCUAAUAUUACUGACAUGAUUUUCAAAAUAAAACAUAAAAGACAAGCCAAAUUCAAA